UUGCGCACCCUGCAGCCAAGCCAGGCGGCACACACAGACAAGGCAUACAAAGGAGCGAGCAGGUACACUGAGGGGACGCACAGCUUUUGAGAGAUUCAAGCUCACCAUGAAUCCCUUCUGGACUCUGAGUUGUCUUUUUGCAAUUGAUAUUGCCACCUUGCCCUUAAUAGGAUCAUUUCUCUCUCACAUCUUACCUUCAGAUCUCCCUCUAAUAUUACCUUGGCUGGUUGGCUUGUCACGGUUGCUGUUUUUGAUCUUGAGUUUACGUGUACUCAGUAGAAGCUUCAGGCUCCCAUUCCACAGAGAUCAUCUAAACCUGUACUGCACUGUACUAAGUCUGCUUGUUCCUAUUUAUAUUAGUCUCACCUCUUUAGUGAACCCACAUAGAAGUGCCAAUCUGCUUUACAGCUGGACUCACUGGGUCAUCUUGUUCUGGUGCUACCUGCUCACACUGAUUUCAGCAGUUGUUGUGCACCAGCUGUUACCAUACAGCACUGAGAAGAAAGAUGCUGAAGUGACUGCUGCUUCUUUGGGCCGAUUAAUUGCCCUCCUAAAACCCUAUAUAUUCAGGUUUUUGCUUGUGGCAUUCUUUCUGGUCCUGUCAUCAUGGGGAGAAUUAGCUCUCCCCUCUUACACUGGGCAUAUGACAGACUGGAUAGCCAACAAGAAGGACCCCUCAUCCUUUACAACAGCAAUCAUAGCAAUGAGCUUGAUCACAGUUGCAAGUGCGGUGGCAGAAUUUGUUUGUGAUUGUAUCUACUUUAUGACCAUGAGUUUGAUACACAGCCAUACUCAGGGACUACUCAUCCGUUCUGUCUUGAGGCAGGAAAUCACAUUCUUUGAUUCUACGUCAACAGGUGAUAUCACAUCUCGUGUUACCACAGAUACGAUAACAAUGGCAGAAUCUUUGUCCAGUAAUCUGAGCUUGUUAAUGUGGUAUUUUAUGAGACUGGUAUUACUCCUCACUUACAUGGUUAUGUUAUCUACAAAACUGACCUUCUUCACCAUUUUGUGUCUUGGCAUCGUCAUACUUGUACCAAAACUGUCAGGGACCUUUUAUCAGAAUUUGGCUGUGCAGGUCCAACAGUCCCUCUCCAAUGCUAACCAGGUGGCCUUGGAAACAUUUUCCAAUAUGAAAACUGUGAAAAGCUUUGCUAAUGAGGAAGGAGAAUGUCAACGAUAUGAGUCAAAACUGCAAGAAACAUACCAACUAAACAAAAUGGAGGCUUUAUAUUAUGCAAUAUCUAUGGUGGCCAACAAUUUCUCUGGACUAGCACUUAAGGUUGGCAUCUUGUACUAUGGUGGACGUUUGGUUACAAAUGGAAAGGUCAGUGGUGGUGACCUGGUGUCGUUUGUCUUGUAUGAACUGCAGUUCUCUUCAGCUGUGGAGGUUCUGCUCCGAAUGUAUCCAGAUGUCAGGAAAGCAGUGGGCUCUUCAGAGAAGAUUUUUGAAUACAUGGAUCGUAUCCCAAAAUUGCCAUCCGCAGGAACACUUGCUCCACCUGAUCUUAAGGGUGUAAUCCAAUUCAAGAAUGUCACUUUUUCUUUUCCCACACGUCCUGAUAUGACAGCUCUGCAGGAUGUUUCCUUUGAACUGCCCCCAGGUAAAGUAACUGCACUGGUGGGUCCCUGUGAUGCUGGCAAAUCCACUGUGGUACAACUACUGAUGAGGUUUUAUGAGCCACAAAAAGGGGCAAUUCUUCUGGAUGGCAAACCACUAUCCCAGUACGACAAUCAGUACUAUCGCAAAAAGGUAUCACUGGUUAGUCAGGAGCCUACUCUCUCUGCCUGCUCUCUGCAAGAUAAUAUUGCAUACGGUAUGGGAAACGUUUCUUUCAGAAGUGUUCAGGAGGCAGCAAAGACUGCAGACGCCCAUGAUUUCAUCUCAGAAAUGGCAAAUAGCUACCAAACAGGUGUUGGGCCAAAAGGAGGCCUGCUCUCGGUGGGGCAAAAGCAACGGGUAGCAUUAGCAAGAGCUUUACUGAGGAAACCUAAGGUCCUCAUACUGGAUGAUGCCACUAGCUCACUAGAUGUAGAGUCUGAGCUGAAGGUGCAAAAUGCCAUCUAUGAUCAACUUGCAGAGAGGACGGUUCUACUUAUCUCCCACCGAAUGAACACUGUGCAGAGAGCUGAUCAUAUCCUAGUACUUGAAGGAGGGUGUAUCACAGAGGAGGGGACACAUGAACAGCUAAUGGCACAGAAGGGCAGCUACUGGAAACUAUGGCAAAAGCAAUUCAGCAGUUUUCAAAGGGAAUGACAGACAGCAGUAGUCUAAGAAUGUAUUCAUGGUUAUCAGUUUGUUCAUCCUAAAGACUUGAUAUCUCUUGAAUUUUUUUUAUUUAGAUUGUUUAAGUAGCCUGUGGUUGGUUUUUGAUUGCAGAACUAAAAACAUGGUCCCAUAUACUAUUGUGUUCUAAGCAUAAAGUGUGAAUAAAAGCAGCAAACCAGCAUGUUCUUGUCUAACAAUACAUUAUUUUUUCCAUAACUCCAAAAGACUCCAAAGACUGCUAUUGUUUAGUAAGAGAUAAGGUGCAAGGGAUUUAUUUAUUAAAGCACUCGUGGUUAAUAUGUACUUGAUCUUAUGGAAAUAAGAAACGUUAUUAUCAAUUAAAAUUUCUGUACUGUUUCUGAUAU